AUGAAUGACUGUGAUGAGGUGAUGGUAGUUAACGCCUUUUCUGCUGCUACCCGCAAAAAGUUAUCGGAUUCCAUACCCUCCCGUCUAACAGAAUAUACAUGGAGAUCUAUAUCAGCCCAAUCACGGCGACAUGUGUUCACAAAUGUCGUAGACACACCGAUACAUUACCAAACACCUCGACAGUUGCUACGAACGAUUGUGCGAGGAGCGAAGUCUAGCAAUGGAAAUCGUAACUUUUGGAUGAGAUGUGCUAACGCUGUCAUCUACCAUAACGAACAUUUCAAUGCAGCUGAACUUGUUCAGAUAGCCAACUCAUUUGGCAAAGUGAAUCACCACGACAAAUCACUGUUCAGAACCAUUGCGAAAAGAGCAUUACAGUGUGAGGAAACGUGGCGUGUUACCGAUAUACCCGUACUUUUAAACUCCUUCAGAGCAUGUGAUGUCUACGACUACCACCUUUUUGACAGGGCAUUGGAGUUUAUAGUACCUAACGUAUGCUCCCUAGGUCCUGACGGUGUUGCUUUGACUUUGCAUAGUCUAACAGUGAGUGCAACAUGCAAUCCGAAAAGAGAGGUACUGGAUGCCUUAGUGUCACCUCUUUUUAAAAAUAUAUCACAAUUUUCUAUUAACAAUCUUGAGUUGAUCCUUCGAUCUAUAUCCGCUCUUAAUUACCGGAAUGUAGCCCUACUACAAUUAAUCGCGGAUCACUUCGCAGGUUCAACGAUCCAUUCCCAUCCGACAUACGACCUGAUCAAAGCAUUUCAUGAGCUUAAUUAUGUGGAUGGCAAUGUUGUUAAAAUUGUCGAAGAAUUUGUAUCAUCAAACUCACAUUUUAUGCACGUUGACGACAUACCACAACUCGUCAAUAUUUUGAUCUCUAUACACAAACACAAGGAACUAACAGAUCGAGUAUACCAAUCUAUUAUCAGGGUCGUAUCCCGUAACCAAGGAACUGAGCACUGGAAAACCAUAUUUGGAGUUAAAUAUGCUAUGGACUCCAUCAAACAGCGUGACAUAUAUUUAGAUGAGUUAUGCAACACUUUGCGGAAACGAUGUUCUACCGACUUUUCGACUCAAGAUAAAAUUAAUGUACUGCGCUCAUGCAAGGGGUUCGCCUUGCCCCUUGUCUACCUAUAUGAUACUAUUCUGUCAUCCUUUCAGCGCUGCGAUAUAGAGUCUGGAGAGAGCACCGAUUUGUUACCGCUCAUCGAUGUUACAACUGACGAAUACAUGGACCUUGUGGCCGUGUUCAGUGAACUUGGUUAUAUAAAAGGCUUGCGUGCCUGUUUAAGUGCCAUAACCAUGGACUCAAUUGAUUUGACCUGCACGAGGGCAAUCAAGUGUCGCGAAAUGUUCAUAAAGCAUGUUGAAUUUCAAAAGUUGGAUAGGGCAUAUAAGGAGUCCGUAUUGAAUGCGGAUAUAUGUGAUUUGGCAUCGCUUAAACCUAAGUGGGCAUACCUUGAAAAAAUAAGGAACAGCUCUACACCCUUAGAUUUAGCAUUGGGAAUAUGCCAUGCUGAAUCAACGAGUUACGUUUGCGAGCUUGCCACAAGAUUAUUAGAUGCACCAAUAAAUCUUGUAGAGCCUGAAAUAAUCCCCGCAAUGCUAAGGAGGACAAUAAAACUUUCACAUAUUGAAGGAUAUAUCCCGGAUACUCUGAAACGGCUGCAUGAACGAAUUCUGCAUUUCCUCACAGAUGAGCAUACAAUCGCUGGCAUGUCUACUCAGAGUUUUGCAACGUUGGCCGCACACUUAAACCUCAUGGAUUGCCCAGGGGUGAACAUGAUUUUGCCGAACAUGCUUGGUAGCUUCAUUCAACGGGUAAACACUGACGCGGAGGAUGCGGUGAUUAUUAGGCAUUUUUGCAAUAUAGCAGUAAGUCUGCUUACCGCUUGCACCAAGCAUCGUGACAUCGAUAUUUCAUCGCUCGCACAGUGCAUUUGUAUAUACGCACGCCGUAUACAACCGGAACGUUUGAAUGAUAUAUUGCGGCUAUUUAUAAAGUUGGGAUUCAACGACAACGCAUAUACUUCAAUGCUCGAGCCGGUGAUUGACGACGCAGUCGUUUUCGACUCUGAUAUGGCCCGCGUUAUGCAACUCGAAGUAGGUCCAUUCAACUACAUAGGUCAUGAUAUCAUAGGAAUACGCAACCAGAUUAGGAUUGAAAUUUAA